AGUUAGUCAAUCAUGAAGCAGACAACCUGAUAAAAGAUUCCCUUUUUUGCUCUCUGCUGUGUUCACUGCACUUGGAGGAGGCGUUCAGGAUGGCCACACGCUUCAGUUUAUGCUUCCACAUUAUUAUCACAUCUUUGUGUAGCACAGUGGACAGUUCUGACAUUUCCUGUAGGAAUGAACAUGGUGAGCCUGUUGAUUGGUUUAUCAUCUAUAAGGUGCCCAAGUAUAAGAUUGGUGAGGUCGGCAGCGGGGUGGAUUACAUGUACCUGGACUCCUCAGUAGGGAGCUGGCAGAUGAGUAAAUUCAUGGUUAAUACCAGUCAAGGAGCCAUAGGGAGCACACUGAACCAGCUUUACAUGGGAAAGGCCUACAAGUCUAACAGUUCAGUCUACGCACUCUACAAUGAUGCCCCGCCGAUCCUGGAUUACAUACAAGGAUAUGGACACACUAAAGGGGUACUGCUCUUUGACCGCUCUCAAGGUUUCUGGCUGUCGCACACUAUUCCCCAUUUCCCCUCGUUCCCUGAGAGAGGCUAUCUCUACCCCUCCUCUGGCAAAGUCAAUGGCCAGACCGCACUCUGUGUGACCUACCAGUAUGAACAGUUCCUCCGUAUAGCAAAGCAGAUGGCGUACAUUUACCCACGUUUCUAUAACUGUUCUGUACCUGCUGCCUUCUUGGUCGACCUGCCACAGUUGGCCCAGUUAUGUGAGGGGAUCAAACCAACGCUGGCCUCAGAUAAGAGAGUGGAGCAGCUUUUCUCCACCCAAGGGGACAAGUUUGUCAGUUUUGUCAAAUCCGAACACUUUGUGGAUGACAUCUACACGGGCUGGGUGGCUCAGGUUCUGGAUGCUGACCUGCUGGUGGAGACCUGGCAGACACAAGGCCAUGAGCUGCCCUCCAACUGCUCCCUGCCCAAACACACCAUGAACAUCAAGAGGAUUAGGCUUCCAGGAUCAGUCCUGUUCCAGUCCCACCAUGACCACUCAAAGUGGUGCGUGUCACGGAUCUAUGAGGACCAGGUUACCUGUCUAGGGGAUCUGAACAGGGAGAAGGCCCAAAUGUGGCGUGGUGGGGGGCUGGUCUGCUCCUUCAACCCUUUGAUUUACAAGGCCUUCAGACAGGUGGUGGACAGCUACAUUGGCUGUUGAAUAAAAGAGGAAGAUAGGAUGGGUGGGACUGGAUUAGUCCCACACAGCAUGGUUUAAAUCUGUUUCAAAUGUAUGGGACUAAAAGUGAAGGUAGAUCAUGUUUAAGCAGCUGGCAUGCAACCAUCGGACCACACAAGUAUCAAAUCAUCAAUCAAGUGUUUAAAUGUAAUGCUCUUUGAUAGCUACUUGGAUCCCAGCUUAAUACAUUUGUGUAGUAAACUACAUGAUCAGUUAUGAAAUGAUGUGAAAUGCAUCUUGACAGUUUUCCUCAAUGAAAAGAGCAGAAUCCCCGGCAAAUUUAAUACAAUGUUUUCCACUUUCUCUGUAUAUGAAAAUUUUUCUGUAAAUAACUAAAAAUUAGAUUUGUAAUUGAUGGUUUUAUGCAAAGACUUUUCUGUGUUCUGGUACAUAUUGCAUAUGAUCUGGAUGAUUAUAGCAACAGUUUUCAGAAAAUGUAUUUAUUAUUUAAAUAAUUUUCACCAGCUGUGUGUGUUUUGUAUAAUUGUAUAAUAUAUAUAAUAAUAUAAUUUUUGUAUAAUCUUAAUUUGUUUACAAAGUUACAAAGGCCAUACAUACGAUGUGUCUUUAUGUUUAAGUAAGUGUUUCCUCGUCAUCACUAACUCACAUUUUAACAAAUAUCAUCCAGUCGCAUCACAGGACUUCCCUGAGUUUAUGUUAAAUAUAAAAACAUUCAUUUCUUUACUUUAUGUUUUUUGAAAAACUGCAAAUCUGAAUCAAAUAUGUCUAGUUCCUAGAAUAAUCAAACUUUAUAAGACAAGACGGAAAGUGAAAGAGUAGCCCCUCCGGUGAAAUGCCCCUCCCUCAUUACUACCACAGGCUUCACUCCCAACUCCUCUACUGGAGCUUGCCCAGUAGUCAGCUGCAAAUCAGACUAUGGUUGUACUGGUGUGUGUUUUGGUGCUUCAGGAAAAGGAAGCAUUUUGCGCAAUGAAACUUUCCUAGAUGAAUGAAAGGCUCUAUCAACGUCCAUUCUGUAUCUUUUGAAUGUUUUGUUUUAUUUUACACAGGUGGAAACUGUGAUUGCAUCAUUAUGAUGUUUAUGUAUUUGUUACCUUGUCAGGAAGAUGAUGAAUAACUUAAGUAUGCAGUGUUUUGGGUAAACAGUGUCACCUAGUGGUCGAACUGUUAGAAUCAUCAUCAAAUUCUGUUUUUUCCAAGAGGAUCCAUAGAAAGGGAACACAAAUACUGAUAUUGUCCUUUACAUGUAGACUAUUAUUGCACCCUAAAAUGAACAAAUCCUAUUGUUUAGUUUCCAAUAAACACCAACUUAUUUUCC